GUUUCUCACUUCGAGCUCCAGCUAACUGGAUCUCGUCAAUGCAAAAGCAAAUCCCAACUAUUCACAAGACUUGGUAAGAGUAUAUUAAUAAGAAGCAAAUUUAUUUUCCUCAGAUAAUCACCUCUGCAUAAUUGCCUGAUCACAUUUGCUGUCUUGCUUUGGUUGGAAAAUCGAGGUGGUUGAACCUCAACAAUGAGUUGUACCUCAUUCACAGAAUCUUGAAUAGCAGCAAGUCGAUGAGAAUGAGUUAUACAACUUAGCUACGCACUACCUACUCGAACCAUUUCAGGGAGAAAAUUAUAUAACAAGGGAGAGAUAUCGAGAUAUCAAUCAAUGGAAGCAAGACUAAAUUGAAGGGAGCAUCAAAAUGCAGCCUCUACUCCGACAAGCCAGCGCAGCGACCCGCUGUGCAAAGCCAUGGCGCUCACUCGCGCAUUCGCCAGCAAAAGCAAAUGCUUUCUCUCCUCGGCUCUUCAGCAGUGCAACACACCCACGAACAUUAGUAAAGACAUCUACUUCAAUACUGUGCGAAUGUCACCGACACCGUCAGAUCAGAAGCUACAGCAAUACCACCACCGACCCCAUUGCCUUUACAGAGAACACAAAUGAAGAAUCAAGCAGUGGAAGGCAAAAGAAGAAAUCCGAUCCCUUGCACAUCCUCUUUUGCGGCACUGACAAAUUCAGCUGCGCGGCGCUCGAGGCGUUGUUCUCCGAACACAUACGCAAUCCAGAUCUCAUCCGGUCGAUUGACGUUGUAGUGAGGCCAGGGAAGCGUACGGGAAGGGGGUAUAAGGUUAUUCAACAUCCACCACUGAAAACACUAGCCGAGAAGCUCGAACUACCAAUUCAUGAGAGGGAUACGUUUACAGGAUGGGAUCCACCCGAAAAAACAAACCUCAUAAUCGCCGUAUCUUUCGGACUCUUCGUGCCACCACGCCUGCUCCUCAAAUCUCAAUACGGCGGGCUGAACGUCCACCCAUCCUACCUCCCCGAUCUCCGCGGUCCCGCGCCCCUCCAGCACGCCCUCCUCGCCGGCCGCCAAACCACAGGCGUCAGUCUACAGACACUAGACCACACACACUUCGACGCAGGAAAAAUCCUAGCACGCUCCACCCCCAUAACAAUCCCCGAAAAUGAAACCCUCGACAUAUUAACCAACCGCAUAGCACCUAUAGGCGCUACUCUCCUAAUCCGCAAUUUACAAGCCGGCGUCCACGUCCCACCGCUCUCCGAAGAACCGCCUUCAGAAGCAGUUAAGGCAUACUGGGCCAAAUUACUCGAGGAGGGAACAGUCGUAAAGACAGGAGCAUCAAAGCAAACCAACAUCUUCCUCCACGCCCCCAAAAUCACAAAAACAGAUUCUCAACUCCUCCCCUCCCACCUCAACACCAUCCUCCAACGGUACCGCGCCCUCGGACCCUUAUGGUUCAUAUCCCGAGACCGCAACGGCGUGCGUAAGCGGAUUAUCAUAACCCAUGUAUCACCCCAGGACACCGACGACGCGUACGCACUCCAAAAGAAUGCUGAAGAAGCGAAAACAAAUCGCUCGUACUCAAUCCCAUUCAUCCAAAACCACGAAGAUAAUACCGCGGCCGUGGCUGAGGAUGAACCGCACAUAGUACUCAAUUUCCCAGGUGAUAGCUCCGGCCGGUGCAACCUAGGGAAAUUCCGUAUCGACUCGGUGAAAGUCGAAGGUCAACCGGAGAAAUCGCCCGAGGAUGCGCUUCGGAAUUUUCUUGUGCCACUACUUCCUGGGAGACUCUAGCGGAUAUAUGUUAGAUAUCUCGGCAUGAACUAUAGUUUAUCCGAGUGCUCAGAUGGCCGGAAAAAAGCAUUAUAUUCUUCAAAUAUUGUAAACUCGAACUAAGUAUCACAAACCUGGGUAGAGAUUAGUCUAUUAUCACAAGCAUAAUAA